GAGAAAGUCUGAGAGAGAGAGAGAGAGAGAGUGGGGUAGUGUUCCACAGAGUCAAAACCCACUUCCAUUACCCCUCGCAUGCUCACAUUGCUCUCUCUCACUCUCUCUCGUCUCUGUGGGAGGAUCUUUCCCUCUUCUUCUCGACCAUGGGAAUUUACGCGACGCUCUUUUUGCUCUGUUUGAUAGCAAUUAUUGCAAUGAAGCUUCCCGUGAUAAUGUCGUCGGAUUGCCCCUUAGAUUUGAGUGGAGCUAAUAUCACUCUAGUGGCCUCGAUCUGCUCCGCUAACGAUGACAGAGGAAAGUGUUGCCGCUACAUUAAUGCUGUUGUUGCAGUUUCCAUUGCUCGCUAUGCAAAUACCACAGGCAACCUUGGGGUUACUACAGAUUUGUCUGAAAUCUGCAAACGUUCCAUAUCAGAAACCUUGGAACGGUACGGAGUUCCACGAAAUGCAACAGUGUUUUGCGGGUUUGGAACCAAAAUCCCUGUUAAUUAUGAGUGUACGGGUCGGAAAACUGUCACCCAGAUGCUGCAGUCUCCAGAUUUUGUGGAUGUCUAUGAAAAUUGUAAAAUGCCACUUUCCGAGGAAACUAAUUGCAGGAAAUGUAUAAACGCUGGUAUCAUGUACCUUCAUCAUCUGGUAGGAGCAGAAAAUAAUACGACACUGAGUACGUGCCGUGAUGCAACUUUUGCUGCGAUUGGAAGCCAAGUUGAUGGCAUUUCAACUGUUGAAAUUGCAAGCUGUUUCUUUGGAGUUCAAGGUCUUGGCAUUCUUCCAGAGCUGUCCCCAUCUUCACUCACGCCUGAGGCUUCUCCAAGUCCAAUGGUUGCUGCAAGCCCAAGCCAACUAAUGUUGGGCAUACCCUUGUCUAGAAAGCGCCAUCCCUAUCGACUGACAUUGAUUCCAGGUGUUGGACUUGCAGUUACUGCAGUUGCUGUUCUAAUGCUUGUUGUCUUGAUAUUUCUUAUUCGUAGGAAAAGCAGAGAGCUGGAGGAUACUGGAAAUAUAGAUAAGACAUCUUCAAAAACAUUUCCUCCUCCUUGGCCCGUGUGGAAAUUCCAGGAAGAUGCAGGCCCUUCGUCUACAUUCCGUAAAUUCAGCUACAAGGAGAUAAAGAAGGCAACCGACAAUUUUAACACUAUCAUUGGGCGAGGAGGAUUUGGAACAGUGUACAAGGCUCAACUUAGUGAUGGCUUAGUGACAGCAGUAAAAUGUAUGAACAAAGUUUCAGAGCAGAGGGAGGAUGACUUCUGCAGAGAGAUUGAGCUUCUUGCUAGAUUGCAUCAUCGCCAUCUUGUUGCUCUAAGGGGCUUUUGCAUUGCAAAACGUGAGAGAUUUCUCAUGUAUGAGUAUAUGGCAAAUGGAAGCUUAAAGGAUCAUCUUCAUGCUCCUGGUAGAACCCCUCUCAGUUGGCGGACUAGGAUGCAGAUUGCAAUAGAUGUGGCUAAUGCGCUGGAGUACCUCCAUUUCUACUGUGACCCUCCUCUGUGCCACAGAGAUAUUAAGUCCAGCAACAUUUUACUGGAUGAGAACUUCGUGGCUAAGGUUGCAGACUUUGGCCUUGCACAUGCUUCAAAAGAUGGUUCUGUUUGCUUUGAGCCAGUAAAUACUAAUAUCCGGGGAACUCCAGGUUAUAUGGAUCCUGAAUAUGUUGUCAGUCACGAAUUCACUGAGAAAAGCGAUGUUUACAGCUAUGGCGUGCUACUCUUGGAGAUAGUGACUGCAAGGCGAGCGAUACAAGACAACAAGAAUAUAGUGGAAUGGUCCCAAAUAUAUAUGGCAUCAGAAUCAAGGCAGCACGAACUUGUGGAUACUAGUAUCAGGGAUUAUUUUGACUUAGACCAGCUUCAAAUAGUAGUCUCUAUUGUGAGAUGGUGUACCCAGAGAGAAGGCAGAGAUAGGCCUUCAAUUAAACAGGUUCUUAGGCUUCUGUAUGAGAGUUCUGACCCAAUGCAAAAUGGCCUUUUAGAAGCACUGGAAGAUGAAGAGUAUGAAGGAAUUGAUGAGAGAGGAAGGAGAAGCAAGGGCAAAACAGGUCGGCAUGAUGCAAUUUCUCACAGUGGAGAUGGUAGAUAUCUUGCUUCUUCCUCAAGCACAUCUAGGUCAUAUUGUAGUAGGAGCUUUUUUCUUGAAACUGGCUCUCCGCAGUCUCCGAACAAUAUACUCUCUGUUUGAUGCCUAUCAUUUGGCACAUGGACCAAGUCCGGUUGAAAGAUUGGAUAAGAGGGGCUUGAAAUAGGUUGCAUGUAUGCUCGGUUUCCAUUCUCACAGCAAAGUCUUUCACCUUCUGGAGGCACGUCAAAGAUUAUUACUGGCUUUGGUUGAAGUUAAAGAAGGAAAUUGCUAGAGUAAUCACAUUACACGGUUUUUUGUUUUAUGUUCAAGAAAUUUUGGGAGAAAUGAAUGUAUUGCUUCUCUUUUAUUACCGAUAGAAUACAUACGGCAUGAAAUUGUAUAGUUUCUUCAUAUCAAUACCCAUCAUUUUGACUGAAAAAAUGUCUUAGGUAUA